UACACAAUCUACGCGACGGCCCUACCCCCUCCCAGAAAGGAUAUACAACUCUAGCAUUUAAAUUGGUUCACAGCAGUUGCUUUGUUGUGCACCGCCAAAGAUUUUGCAGCACAGGUAGCUAAUUUCAACCAGAAAGUUUAUUUAGCUAGGUAAAUUCACAGCAUGGCUUGAUUUAUGUAGUUGGGUCAAGCGUACAGUACACGUGCCACACUUGUUACAUUAAUUUUACCGGUGGCUUAGCUAGCUGUUGUCAACAUUUCAAUUGUGCGUCUUUCAGUUUCAACUGCAGUGUUGUCAUUUCGAGCUCGCGAGGGACGAGGGUAAACUAGUUUAGAAAAGUAACAGUGGGUCGAUCUCUGCUAAGUAGACAACAGAGCCAGAGAUGGCUAUCGCCCACGUCGCUACAGAGUAUGUGUUCAGCGAUUUCCUCCUGAAGGAGCCGGGUCAGGCAAGGUACCGCGCCGUGCGCACUGAGCUAGCCAUGGACAAGAUGGUGACCUGCGUGGCGGUGGGACUCCCUCUCCUCCUUAUUUCUCUAGCCUUUGCCCAGGAGGUCUCUGUGGGUGUUCAGAUCAGCUGUUUCCCUCCAGCUAACUUUUCCUGGCGUCAGGGCAUGUAUGUAGACUCCUACUGCUGGGCAGCCCUACACACUCACACACUACCCUUAUGGCUACACAAGUUUUUCCCCUAUAUCCUGCUGUUGGUAGCAGUAAUUAUGUAUAGUCCAGCGGUGUUCUGGCGUUUCUCUGCCUCUCCUCUGCUUCAGUCAGACCUUAGCUUCAUCAUAGAAGAGCUCGACCGCUGCUACAACCGUGCUGUCACUCUGGCUAAACGCAUGGCCACUGCUGGGGAACACACAGACAGUGUUGCGUUUGACCCUACUGAGGGCUGUUUCAUGUACCCGGUGGUGGAGCAGUAUCUGCUGACCAAGAGGAGGAGUGUUGUGGUGUUGUGGCGCUACCUGCUGUGUCGAGGCCUCAACCUGCUCACCUUGCUUCUGGCCUGUGUCUACCUGGGCUACUACCUCCGCCUCGCCUCCCUCACUGACCAGUUCGGCUGUUCCCUGCGCACCGGACUCCUGGCCAAUGACACCUCAAUCCCCGACCAAUUACAGUGCAAGCUGGUUGCCGUGGGAGUAUUCACUUUGCUAAGCUUUGUUAACCUGCUGGUGUACGCCAUGCUGGUUCCCGUGGUGAUAUACUCCGCUCUGCGCCCCUUCUUUCAAUCACACACCCAUUUCCUGAAGUCCUACCAAUCACUGCCCACCAUCAGUGUUCUGCCCCUCCCGCAGGGCCAAUGGGAUGACCUGACGCUCUACUUCCUCUUCCUGGAAGAAAACCUCAGCGAGCUCAAGUCCUACAAGUACAUGAAGGUGUUGGAGUUGUUGAGGAGGAGGGGGAUGUGUGAGGGGGAGGACUUUGACGCCAUGGGACUGCUUCAGAUGCUAUGUCUGGUGAAGACUGAUGUCACGGAUGGAAAGAGGAGCACCGCAGCUACCUUCAAUGCUAGUGACAAAACCACCAAUGCAAAUGCUAGCCUUGAUGCUAAAGCUAAUGAUAACCCUAUUGCUAAAGUUAGCCAUAUUGCUAAUGCUAACCCUGCCGCUGGGGAGGCUAGUAGCAAGGCCCCAGCCCUCAGCCCAGCUUCCCCAGACUCAUGCCAAAGCCAGACCAGUGCCACUGAAAUGACAGAAUUCUCUGCUCUGUUGCCAGGCAACAGUGCAAUGACAGACGGAAGGCGGAGUGAUGGGGGGGUGGUCCGACAGCGAAUUAUCUGAUCGUUGCCGUGAAGGAACAGCCCCAGUGGGUUGUGGGACACUAGAAACCAGAGGUUCUAAGACCCAGAGAUCCAACAAGCCUUUAUCUAAACAACUCAGACUAAGGUGAACCAGAGAUGUCUUGAUGUCAAUGGGACAGAGUUGUAUUCAAAUCAAUCUUUACUUGCCACGUGCCGAAUACAACAAGUGUAGACUUUACCAUGAAAUGCUUACUUACAGUUGAAGUCGGAAGUUUACAUGCACCUUAGCCAAAUACAUUU